AGUAGGUGGGGUAUAGGCAAUCCAGUCGCUUUGUUUUGAUCUGCGAUCAUCAUGGAAUCCUUUGAUAUCGAAGAAAUCCUCUCAGUAAGUAUAGUCUCUGAUCAAUAUAUAUAUAUAUUUAGUAUAUGAAUCAUAAUGUAAAAUAUAUGCACUUAAACAGAGCGUUGUAUCGUAGUAUUUGUAUUUAUUUUAGAGUCAAGAAGUUGUCAGCAAGUUCUCGCUCUCAUUGUUUUUCUGAGUGCUUACAGAGGGUGGUUCGUGGUGAAUUUAUCUUUUAUUCAAAAUUAAUUCAGACUAGGAAUCUAAGGUAAGUGCCUUAAACUCCAUUUAUUCUAUUACUGAAUAUUUUAAACACAUUCUUAUGGUGCGUUGUGUUAUCAGGACGAUGGUGUACUUGAAAUGGGUGGCGAAGAAAAAGUCGACGUUCCCUCAUCUACCGCUAAUAGUUGCAGUGGGGUCUGCUUGGAGAUCUUGCAAGAGUCCUGCAAUGCCUUGCUGACAGAUGACUGCAUAUCCGACAGCGUAAAGGAGAUAAUCCGUAAUAUAGGUGGACCUGCACUUCUUCAGGAUUUACAAUUCCAUAAUCAGUGUUUAGUGGAGAAGGGCAGGUUCAAAACUGCGGCCAAAGAAAAGGCUUACUCCAUUUUCAACAGGGAAUUUGUCAAUCAUUGUAAGGAUGUAGAAAGGCACAUCCCAUCACCUGCAUCUACAUGGGUCUGCCUGAAGGUGUUUGAAUUUAUGGUAAACAAGAACUAUAACUUGCCAUUAAGCAAUCACGCAACCAGUGUAAGUGAGGUCACUGAGGAAGAAAUAGACAUUGUUGAGUAUAUUGCAGGCUAUGUGCUACAUAGUGUUAAGAGAUAAGCACUAAAAUUGUCUCAUACUGAAAAAGAAGACAUUUUAUUAUGUAUAAAAGAACUAAUACCUGAACAUGACACAGCUUCUGAACCUUCUGAUAGAUCAUUGACUCAAAUUCUGGACAGAGGGGGUCUUACAAAAUUAAAACCUCCUGUGCUUGAGAUUUUUCUAAAGCUAGAGUCUAUUUUUAGACAAUGCUUUGAUGGACAGAUGCAGACUUUGUCCUUCGAUUUAUAUUAUACCAAUUGUUGUCAAGCAGAGUCAGUUAGCACUUGCUUAUAUGAGCAAAUGUAUAGCAUCUUAGCAUCACAGAAAAUAAAAGAGAAUAUUUUAUUUAUGAUUGUUGAAUCGUAUUUUAUGGUCCGGGCACACCAUGAGUGCAAGAAGUUUAUGGAAAAUUUUAAACUGUCAAGACAUACCUCAACCAAAAAAACAGAAGGGACUUAGAAAAGGUUUGAAGGCAACUAGGUCAAAUGUGUAACUGGGGGUUUAAUUUUCAGAAUAUGGGUCAAUGAUCUACACUAGUUUUAAAUGAUGUCACUUUAAUAGUUUUUUUGCAAACAUAUCAACUGCUUACUGAUUUAUGUUAUUGACUGCCCAUUUUUUUUAUGUGCUAAUGCCUUUUCAUACUACUUUGCUUUGAUUGGAAAAUGACAUUUGCAAGGACAUUUGGUAUGAUAGGAAUUAUCAUUGUUUAUCAUGUAUAUUGACAGCUGCAGAAGUAUGGAGGAGAAUAGCUUCCUCAUUAAGUUUUCUGAUGACACUGCAUUAUUGACUCUUUUACAAGAACGUAAGAAAGAUCAUGAUAAUGCUUUAACAGACUUUGUACAGUGGUGCGAUGAGAACUUUCUUGAGUUAAAUGCAGACAAAACAAAAGAACUGAAUAUAGAUUUUAGGAGAUUUAAAGAUGAUUUUGUUGCUCCCAGUGUGAUACAUAGCAAACGUAUUGAAACUGUUACCUCCUUCAGAUACCUGGGAACUGUUUUUGAUUGCCAGCUUAAAUGGACUCUAAACACUGAACACAUUGUCAAACGUGGCCAGCAAAGAAUGUACCUUUUGCUGAAGUUAAACAGUUUUUCAGUCAGCCAAGCAAUUUUAGGCCGUUUGUAGCAGUCUUUUAUUGAGAGUCUUUUAUCCUUUUCAUUUGUAUGCUGGUUUCAUAAUUUAUCUGUUCAUGAUAGGAACAGUUUGAAUAACAUUGUCAACAUCUGUUCCAAGAUAAUUGGUAUCAAACAGAUCGAGGGACUUGAAUUCCUUCUGUGACCAGCAACUAGUUAGGAAAGCUUCCCGCAUUCUGUCAAUACCUGAACAUGUGCUAGAGGGAGAAUUUGUUUCAUUAAGUUCAGGUAAACGCAAUGCAUGCCAGUAUGCAAAAGCAAUAGGCAUCUGAAAUCUUUUGUGCCACCAGCAGUCAAGCUACUCUGUCAGCGGUGUGUGUGUGAGUGUGAUGUGUAGGUGUGCAUGGGAAUGAUAUUUUUUAAAUAUAUAUUGGAAACAGAGCACACCUCCCAUUUAAAUUGCCCAUUGGGACUAAUAAAGUUGGUUGGUAUUGUUAUUAAAGGUAUGAAGAUGGUAAUUUUAUUGUCUCUCCCUAAACCCAUGUGAAUUUAAAUUGCCAUCACAAAAUUAAUAUACACUAAGUUGACACAAUAUAUGUAUAUCCCUUGUUAAAUUUCUAUCAUCUUUAUUUACAUAUGUGCAAGAAUAAUAUUGAUCCUAAUGUUAUGUAUAAUGGAUCCCCAUGCAAAGCUUUUUGUAUAAAAGCUAACCGAACUGUUUUGGUAAUCUUAAUUGGAGCAGCCGAAAAGCAUUGCAAUCUUGAGCAUUAUAAAAGUUUGAGUUUUACAUAAUGCAUGUAUAUAAAAUAAAAAUUGAUGU